GGAAGGGGGGAACCUGUGCUUCUUCGUGAAGAUGAUGUGGAUGAGGUGCUGAAGCGACCUCGGAAGAAAUACAUCACAGUCCUUGAAGCGGGUCAGGUAAUGGGCAGGACUGGAGCUCAGGGCAAGCUUCGGAGCAUCUGUGUUCGAGACCUCGAUGGAAACCUGAUCGAGUAA